AUGCUUGAGGCCUCCAGCCCAGCGGAGAAACCAGGAGCCCUGGACUGCAAGCGACAGGGUCAAGGAGGUGACAAUGGGAAUCCCCUGCUGGAUCCCGGACACUCAGGACCUAGUGAAUUGCAGCAGCCCCAGGGCAAGGAGGAUGGGGGGCUCCUCACGGGGGCCACACUGUCAGAUCCCCACUUAUCCGAGCGGGAUGGUGAUGUCUCCACACUGAGCCGGUGGCAAAGUCCCCACGAGGAUGAAGCACGAACUUCUUGCUUCUCACCCCCACCAGGCCCCACAUUUCCUGGCUCCUGCUGUCUCAGGAACUGCCUAUUCCUUACCACGACCGGUGAGUCCUCCUGGGUCUUCCAAAAACAGUUUCAUCCUGAGGCUCCAGACCCGGAAGCCAAGGAGCAUUGGCUGACAGCAGGGCACCCACUGUGCUGUCUCCACCAGUUCCCCAUUGCAGCAGGCGCCAGCCCGCCCUUCCUUCUAUCUCCACCUCUGCUCCUGCUGUCCCGCUGGUGCGGGCAGGGGCCAUCAGACACCUUCCCUGAGGCCUUCCCUGAAGCUGAGGACCCUCACUCUCUUUGCUAUGACAUCACCAUCAUCCCUAAGUGCAGACCUGGACCACGGUGGUGUGCGGUUCAAGGCCAGGUGGAUAAAAAGACUUUUCUUCACUAUGACUGUGGCAACAAGACAGUCACACCCAUCAGUACCCUGGGGAAGAAACCAAAUGUCACAAAGGCCUGGAAAGCACAGAACCCAGUACUGAGACAGGUGGUGGACAUGCUCAUCCAGCAGCUGCUUGACAUUCAGCAGGAGAAUUACACGCCCAGGGAACCCCUCACCCUGCAGGUCAGGAUGUCUUGUGAGCAGAAAGUCGAAGGACACAGCAGUGGAUCUUGGCAGUUCAGUUUCGAUGGACAGAUCUUCCUCCUCUUUGACUCAGAGAACAGAAUGUGGACAACAGUUCAUCCUGGAGCCAGAAAGAUGAAAGAAAAGUGGGAGAAUGACAAGGAUGUGACCAUGUACUUCCAUUACAUCUCAAUGGGAGAUUGCACAAGAUGGCUUGGGGACUUCUUGAUGGGCAUGGGCAGAACCCUCGAGCCAAGUGCAGGAGUACCAUGCACUGUGUCCUCAGGUGCAACCCAACCCAGCACCAUGGCCACCACCCUCAUUCUUUGCUGCCUCCUCAUGAUCUUCCUCCUCAUCCUCCCCUGCUUCAUCCUCCCUGGCUGCUAA